AUGGGUUUCUGGAAGCCUAAAGCGGGAAUUAUUCAUCAAAUUGUUUUAGAGAAUUAUGUGAUUCCCGGUGGAAUGAUGAUUGGAACAGAUUCACAUACACCCAAUGCUGGCGGGUUGGGAAUGAUUGCCAUUGGGGUUGGAGGUGCUGAUUCGGUUGAUGUUAGGGCGGGUCUUCCUCUGGAGCUCGAGGCGUCCAAGGUGUUGGGUGUGCGCUUGACUGGCGAACUAUCUCGAUGGACCUCUCCAAAAGACAUCAUCAGUGCAGUAGCUGGGAUAGCCUCUGUUAAGGGAGGUACCGGGUAA